AGGUAAAUAUGGAUUGAGAUAUUAUGACUGGGUAGCAGUGGUAUGAAUGAUGAGAAUCCUGGGGAAAAUGUCCCUGUCGUCAAUGAACGAUACUUUCUAAGGCCAAGGAGGGCUAAUCCUGCUCAAGAAAACCAAGCUGCUGAUGGAAGACAGGCAGCAGUCCCACAAAGAGAUGUACAACCAAGAAGGCCACUACGAAGACGGCCACGUCCACAGGCUCGUCCCCGACUCUCUCCACCUCGCCGCAGAAGACGACAAAACCCAAAUCCCCGUAAUGAUAAUCCUGUGCAGCUAGAUCCAGAAAGACCACUUUUAAAUCCUGGCUGGCUGAACGUUGACUUAGAAGGAUUGAACUUCAACAAUGAGGAUUCUGAUGACGAGGAAGACACUGACUACGAUACAGAUGCAAGCAGUGAUGACACAAGCAGUACAACAAGCAGUAAUGAGGUGCCCAUACCUCUCUUUAGGAUUAAUGAAGAUGAAGACGACAAUGACGACGAGGAUGGUGACGAGGAUGAUAAUCUGAUUCAGUGGCAUCCUGACCCCUUCGAGCCGUUUGGAUUGAACUUCGAACGUGGGAUGGAUCUUAACAAUUUCAUGGACGUCUUCAGAAGGAUAGCGUACGGUUUGAACUCUACAAGAAGCUCCAUACAAUUAGAUACAUUGCCAGCUCCUAGACCUUUAGAUCCUGAGAAGAUAGAUCUUUAUAAUGGGAAUCUUCCUCCCCUCGGUAGCAUUCCGAUGCACAGAAACUUUCUUAUUCCCCCCUUCACCAAUGUCAUAGUGGAUGCAAUGCCCACACAGAUUCAAAGAAGACACAUAUUCUUCACUAACUACACCAGAGAUUGCUGGAACGGACUUCAAGACUCAGCCAAGCAAUCUGAACUUCGUGCACUAAAGUCGAAAAUAUGGGUUACUGUCGAAACUUCCGCCAUGCUACAGAGAUACUAUCCUAUACUUUAUUUAGAGAUACAGGACCUAUUGAACAGACUUAUACCCAACAGACUAUAUCAGAUUCUAGUUGAAGACCCCGUUGACAGGCUCUCUGUAAUAGCUCUGCCUCUCGACACCAUCCCCGGAUCUUGUAUGUACUUUAUGAGCAAGGACUGCAAAUUUCUUCUUCACACAGGCAGCAAUGCGGGACAGGAGUCCUUUGUUUCUUCCUUCAGGAAGAUCAAGGAAAUAACUCCUGUUAUUGAUACUCUUUAUAUUGACACAGCACUUUAUUUUCCUGGCUCGGACGAAUCUUUUCGAAAAAAAUUAGAGAGUAGGAAUAGUGCCAUGUCGAGGAUAAAAUCUUUCAUGACAACAAUGGUCAGCAAUACGGAACACAAUUAUUUCUUUUCAAUUCAGUACAGGGCCGGCAUGGAGAAGUUCAUGCUAGACAUUGUUUCCUGGGCCAAAAACUGGAAAAUAGGGAUCACAGAGGACUUGUACGAGUGGAACUAUAGAGAGUUGCUCGAUCAUAGAGAUAGAACUUUCAAGGUAGAUCAUUUGGAUCACCGGCUCCUCAACCAAGUUGCUCAAGAACAAGCGCACAUAUUCUUCUACACGGCCGAGCAAUCGAACUUCGAUCACCUGCACAGCACAAACUGUAACCAUAUCAAGCUGCAUGUCAUAUACGAUUACCACUCCAGUAUAGAGCGAGUCAGGGAGCCACGGUGCUGCUCCAGCACUAUCUACAGGAAAUGCAGGGCCUUUAACAAUGACUCCGACUCCGAGGAGACAGACCUGAACUAUUAUAUAUUGUACCCCUCUCAUCCUACCACCUCCCAGACUAAGUCUAUUGUUAAGCAGCUCAAACCGGAGAAGAUAUUCGGGUUGUCCCGUGCUCCUGGUGUUGGGCUAUACUGAACUUAAGGAUGAGUUUAAGAGGCUGACUGAGGCCUUUCCCAGGACUUCCAGACAAGCUCCUAUAUUGGUUGAGUGAAUGAUCAAUCAGUUCUACUUAAUUCUGGGUAUGGAAUGGAAAUCGUGUUGUUUUGAUAAAAUUGUAUUGUUAUUGUAUGCGUUUAAACAUUGCGAAAACAUUAAUUGUUCUAUAAUCAUGAGAUAUGAAAGAUAUUUGGUUUCAGAAAGUUUAAUGUCUCUUUUUGCUUUAAUUCAUUUGAUGGUAUUUUGAAACCUGUGCUAUUAAUAACGUGUAUUGGUUUUUAUCUACAUUAUACAUAUUGUGUAAAAUUUUUCUGUAAACUGACGAAAGUUGUACAUCAACAUGCAAUUGGAAAUAUUGACCGUAGUAAAACAAAAGGUGUGUAAACAAUUGGCCGAUAAAGUAACACAGUAAAGAUGGAUAAUAAUAGAAAUAUUUGUUUGAAGAGUAAGAAGUUUAAUUGGUAGUUGUUGUUGCCUAAUAUAGUUUAAAGUUUGUGAGUUUUAACUUAUUAACCGGGGGGAUUAUAUAUAUAAUAUAUAAUACAACUUUUUAUAUUUGUUUCAUCGAUAUAAACCGAAGUUUAUGAAUGCAAUUAUUAUUAGGUAAUGGAAAUUUA